UGAAAUCGCGUUAAAUUAAAUCCCGGGACUUUAGGUUUUUCGAACGAUAACUGGACUGGACGCAUCAAGAUAAAGGUGAUUAGAGUGAAUUCAACUCGUUUCUCAACUCCCGCCGUAGUUCCCUGUGCAAAAGUAGGUCGGAAAAGUGUAAGAAACUUGAAGAACCGCUACCAACCGCAGAAAAGAAGAAACAUAAUAGCGCCCGCAAGUUCGCAAAUUGAACCGCGUAAAUACUACGAAGCUUGCACCUCGAUAAAGGAAUAGAUACGUAAGAAACGAUGGCCGAUAUUUUUGUCAAAGAGGAGCAAACAUCUGCAACUCCUCUAGCUUCCGAUGAGUACGUAGAUACAGAAAAUUCCUCUAGCUCUCGUAGUGACUCUGAAGAAAGCAACGCAAGUUUAUUGGAAACAAAUUCGAUAAUUACGGAGAAAUUGAUACUGCCCAAGGACUUCAGCAAUGAAGCGAUAUUCAACGAGUUUUUUAUUCCUUCCAUAUGGGAUACUCUUCCGUCCAGUGCAAAACAGUAUUUAAGAACCUUUUUGCCAGAACCGGAUUACCGUUCAACCUCUUCACAAGUAGUUAAUGAUCUACUAUUGCAUCGAUUGGAGCGAUUUGGUUUGGAUCAAAUGAAAAGCUUGCAGAUCAACCUUGCUAAGGGCAACUUUCGUGCGGACAUAGCAAAACUGCGACAAACUCUAUCCAAGUCGUUAAACAAGGAGCAGAAAAUGCUGGACCUGCAGAGGUAUUUACGAUUGGCACGAAAUGUACUUCUUUCUCGAGAAGUGACAUUGAUGAAUGAAGUGCACAACCAGAGCUAUCCAAAGGUAUCUUUUUGUUCACGAAACCGACCAGACACACGAUUUCUGCAUACUUCAAAGCAAGAAAAAUUCAGAAAAGCAGCAAAAAAGCGAUACCUUGGUGAAAUUGUUGGCAUUUCCGAAACAAUCGGUGUACCACUAAGCUUGUCAGACGAAGAGGAGUGUUACGAAAUAUGUGCUGCGGCACCAGUACGCAAAAAUCGAAAAAUGUAUUCAAGCACCUCGAAUGAGACCAGUAUGGGUUCGUUGGGAACUAACAAUUUAAACAAACGAUGUAGCACAUAUGGCGGUAUCACAUCUAGUGUAUCUUUUAAUUCGUUGGACAGUUCUUCGUUUUCCGCUUCAAAGUUGUUUUCCAUAACAGAUACCCAUUACCAUCGGCUACUAAUGCAGCAUCGAAAGCGAAAAAUAACAGAACCGGAUAAUCCUGAAAUGGUUUUAGAGGGAUUAAAGCUCAAAGAUGUAGUAACUCGUACACAAAUUGCAGCUGGCUAUCGUAGAAUAUUGCCAUUUCCAAAACAUAACGGACUUGCUGAGAUAAAAAGAGAAUUUGACGAUAUUGUGGGUAGAGAAACGCCGAAAACACAAAAACCACUGAAAAUUGUUCAGAAUUCCGAAGUUGGCAAAUACGCAAAUGACGGAAAUAUAGGUAAAAAGCUGAUGAGAAUAGAGAAUGCUGACAAUAAAUUUACUGAACGAGUAUCCAAAGGUCACGAAAAUGAACGGUGCGAAGCAGUUUGUUUAGAAUCACCUAAAUAUUCAUUGGAAUUAUUAGGCCAAUCAAAAUCAGAAACAGACUCGUAUCCCAAUGAUCCAGAUUUGAGCGUCAGUAAAACGCAAACACAAAACCCUGCGUUGUAUACAAAUAGUAAGCACUCAUGUUUCUUUUCGCUUAUUAGAGAUCUUUUCUGUUCUAGCCAUGACCAUCGUUUGACAUUAGACGAAAUAUUACAGAAGCUUUCAGAUUGGUACAAUAGUGUGACAAUACCACGCCGCGGUUGGUACGCAUUGUGCACAACUAUAACAGAAUGGCAGGCAAUGCUACAAUCGGCGGUACGAUUUCUCGCUGGCGACUUUCAUACUAAGUUAAGAGAUUUUGUCCCGUACAUAGAACGUAAAACGACUAUGAAUGUUCUUCAAUGGAUAGGAGCGUCACGUGAUGGAGACGCUAGGCUUGAGCCGCUUUGUGAAUUUUGGCACAACUUGAAACAACAACUUGAAAAUGAAAAUCUUACCGACACUGACUUCACUUCUCCUAGUUCAUUAACGAUGAUCACGGCACCAGUAACACGCCAAACAAAAGAUGGAAAUAAUCAGUCAAAUGAAGUUAAUGCAUUUAAAUGCAAUGAAAAAUGCACAACGGAUUGCGACAGCAUGAUCGCUCACAACUCGCUAGCAAACUCAUCCGGCGAAUCUGCUUUAUUGAGUAUGGAACUAGAUGGAAUGUUACAAGAAGAAGAUGAUGGGUCUACUAGUGAACGCUCCGAAACACCCCCGCCGCCUCGCUAUCCUACGGAUUGGACAGUCCGCAAGGCUACUGAUGAGGAAAUACAUUCUUUCCGACUGCAGGAGCGACAACGCUACGAGAACCCCCACAUGGCAUAUACUUAUCGGGAACAUUCUUACAAUAGUGUCGUGGGGCCAGUGAAAGGAAUCUAUACUCAGGUACCCGGCAUGUCGAAAGCUCGUGGUCACAACAUGCUUGUUGCGGAUCGUCCGAAUUUUGUAACUAUUCUGACGCUAGUAAGAGAUGCCGCUGCUCGCCUGCCGAACGGAGAAGGCACUAGGGCCGACAUUUGUGAGCUAUUAAAAUCUUCCCAAUACAUCUCGCCAUCCGCAACUGAGCAAAUAUUACAAACUAUUGUUAGCGGGGCUCUUGAUAGAAUGCAUACCGAGCACGAUCCUUGUGUUAAAUAUGAUACCAAGCGCAAAAUUUGGAUCUACUUACACAGAAAUCGAACAGAGGAAGAAUUUGAGAAAUUACAUCAUCAAUAUCAAGGUAUCACAAAGCACAAGAAAACGACGGCAAAAAGGUUGUUGAAAAACGACAGAGAAGUUGUAAUUCCCAGGCCGAAAGCCUCGGACGCAUCGAUAGGAGGCCUUACCAGUGGUCUGGUAUCAAACGAAUUUAGUUCCACAAAUUUUAUGGUGGCUCAAAAUUUCCCGCAUUCUGAUGAUAAAAUAGAUGCCACAGAUGCUGCCAUGAGCGUGUCAACUGGUGGAGCUAGUAGUUACUUGAUAAACCAUCCUACGUCGUUGUUAAAAAGACAGCAUAAAAACUCAUCAUCAACCACCACCUUGUCAAUAUGCAAACAACAUGUGUCCAGUAAUGAACAUGUGGAUCCAAACCAACCUAUGGAUAAAGCAUAUUCUUCUAUAAUAAAUUCAAAACAACACCAAACAGAGCAUGUUACAUGUUCAAAGGAUCAUGAUCCUAUAACGACCACACCAAACGAAAACACUACGAAUCCCAUGGCAACUACAGACAUAAUGGAACCAAAAUUCGUGAAUUCGCAGAACAAUGUACCGGUUUCAACAUAUCUACCGACAGGCAAAUUGUCUCCCGCAAUGACUUUAGCUUCUCGCACCCCAAAUAGCAGUACCGUACAAUCUUCUCUGAUUUCUUACGCAUUGCAUACAAAACCAUUUUCGUAUUCGAUGGCUUCAACGAAAUGUAUCGAUCAAGGAAGUUCUACCCCAGUUGUGUCUGUUCGUCAAGCACAAAGUAGUCCGACCUGCUCGGGGUCGCUACGACAACCCAGCUUAUCUUUAGUUACUAAUGGUCAGUCAACUCCUACAAUAGUAUCGCAAUCUUUCGCGACUCAAAGUAAACCAUUACAUCUACAAUUAUCGAUGAGUGUUUCAGCAACAUCAAGCAGCAAAUCGGGAGUUAUUAACUUAAACGAUGAUAAUAAUGUAGACAAAGCAAUCUACACAAUACCUUCUGGCGCAGUCGUUAACCAAAGUACACCUGCGGUGCAACCAUCUAUGAUAAUAUCCCGAAAAUUUAUAAUGAAUCCUGCCCCGGCAGGCACUGCUCUAGGCAGUGAUUCAAUUAAUCGAAACAAUGUUGGAUUAGAUCAGUCGGAGGAAAUAAGGCAAGAUAAAGGUACUAAUACAAUUGCUAUUUCAAAACCAACAGCUCAUGUUUUCAAAACAGCAGCUGGCCCUAUUAACACCAUAUCUCUUGGUAAUGGACAGCAAUCUAUAUUGUCUACAGCUCAACAAAAACACAUUUUGCAGAACCUCCUCUCUCAGCAACAGAAACAGUCAAUUGUCAAUUGGAAGGGUUUUUAUAAAACGGAUGUAUCUCAUACGAUAAGCUCGAACAACACAAGUGACACAGCUGGCACAAAUAAUGAUGAUGAAAUAAAAAGCGUAGGUGGGGCACCACAGCCAAUUAGUCAAUCGAAUGCCACUGGAAAUAACUCGUCCAGCUUCAAGCAUCAGCAAAUGCAAAAACUGCAACGAACAAAUUCACAAAUUCUGAAGUUUGUAUCUCCGCAAAUUGUCAAAAUAACGCCUCGAAACAUAGACGCGUUGAACAAAAUACGAGCGUCCUCGAUUACAAUUCCAAAAACUGCUGGUGAAAGCAACAGUCAUACAGUUGAAAAAUCAUCUUUUGCAUCUCCGAAUUAUCUCAGUACACCUACUGUAAAAGUGACAAAACUUAAUUCAUCAACUUUGCUCGCUGCCGCUAACACAAAAAUAAUAACUAAACAGGCAGAGCAAGCUAAUAGUAAUGGAAUGGCUUCAACAGCAGUGGGUGCAAUUGUCCCCGUUUCUUCAAUCAUGCCUACCGCAACGGUGCGGGUAUUAAAGACAGGAACAGGAACGACCAAUCUUAUGAAGUCAAAUAGUGUCGCCGCUGCUACCAUAAACCAGUCGAAUAAUCCUGUAGUAGCACGCCAUGUAACGAGUACCUAUCUUAAAAAUAGUUUCACACAAAUCCCGAAGGAAUCUGCAAUAUCUGGUGGGAGCUUAGAUCAACUUUCAAACGUAGUGCGCAAACAGUGCAUCUUGACCCCUUUAAAUGUGGAUAGCUGCAGGGUUACCGUACCGAAAUCGAGUUCAUCUAAUCUAGGCCAUUCGGCUCAUUUGAAAAUGACCAACAACCAACCAUCUCCUAUUAACAAGGAUGCCGUUUGUACAAGCGAAAGAGCAUCUCCUGGAACAGUCGACAGUGGCGUUCAACAAUAUGCCAUAUUUUCGCAAUCAAAUGUUCGGGGAGUGAUUCCGGUUAAACCUAAAGCGACGAGUAACACUCAAUUGGAAUCCAGCGGAUCUAACGUGGAAGGCAAACUAAAUCAAUGCACGUCUGUAAAUUUUGUCUGUGAAACUGAAUAUGCACCCAACAAACCCAUUGCAACUACUGAUGGUAUAUUGUCGAGCCUACCUACAAUUGAUAACUUUAAUACAACAAGCCCAGCAAAAUUAACGCAAUCAACAAAAAUUAAGGUAAUCAGUACAAAACCAUUGUGCUCAAAUGUCUCGAUGGCCCAACAACAGCAACAAUCACAUUUAGGCCGCACUAUCACAGCAUCUAAACAAUCGAUUUCUGGUUUGGUAAACGGAGUGAUAAACGCCAAGAUAGUAGGUGUACGCAACGUUGCAACUAGUAAAUCAUACUGUGGUUCAUCGUUAAGCGCUAUCAACUCGCCUGGUACAAAUAUUGAGUCAAUUGGAGGUACUCCGGGCACUAAUAACAAAGGCGUUUCGGACACUAAUUAUAACAAAAGUAACCAGGGCUCGUUUUUAUUAUCGGCUAACGUAAAUUGCAAAAUCAAAACGGAUCAUGAAGUAAAGGACCACACAUCUCUCUCCAUUGUUAAACAUGAUGCUCGUACGAUAACGACUACUGCAGGAACAUGUCAAAUGGUGUUUCAUCGCAGUCACCAAAACAAUUUUCCAAAACCAAAUGAUUGUGCCGAAGAUGUAUCCCCGGUCACACCUGAAGUGCCUGCAAGUGUUCCGCUUCCAACCGUAACAACCGUUACUAGUGGUGCAGGUGCAACUACAUUGUCCAAAUCAAUCGUUAAAAUUCGUCCUUCAACAUUAAGGGACAGUGGUUCUACCACCAAGGUGCUUGACGCUUCAUCCACAAAAACACUUGUACAAUCACAGCGCGUGAUACUAGCUACAUCUUCUGGUGAACUUUUUACCCAGCCGAUCAUUCUUGCUCCCGGAUACCAGACUACCGGCCCAAUUAAUAUUAAAAGGUUAAAAGUUAUACCCGGCACAAAGCAAAACAAAAACUCAACAACUUAGAUUGGUAUAUAGUGCCAAUAAAGUAUAGACUAGUGUCGUAUUGUUUAAGUAUUAGAGUAAGAGGAAUAAUCAUUAAUUAGUUUUCUUACAUGACAUAAUUAUCAUCAAAUCAUGAGACAAAAGUACAUAAAAUGGCAGGUGUACUUUUAUCAAUUAAGUAUCUUAAUCUAUGAGCAGAUAAGUCAAGCUCUUUAUCCUUAUUCGUCGCACCACAGAGAGUUUCCGUGUAUUGAUGCCUACGACGAUGCCUUUUUUAAGUUAAAAUGUAGGAUAGUAACAAGAAUACUAGCUAUUUCUAAUUUAACAGCAUUUCCUACGUACAUGACAUUUGCAUCUAUGUAUUUGUGUUUCAAUCGAGUUGAAUAAAUGAACCAUUUAUUGUUAAA